AUGUUUUGCUCCAACCUGCUGCUGCAGAUGAUGAUGGCAGUGGUGCUGAUGCAGUACCUUCUGACAGUGGAUCAGAUUCCGAAAUAUAGAACUGUGGCCAACCUUUUUGGUGUCGGGAAGGCAACCGUAUGUAUCUGCGUCCAUCAAGUGUGCGAAGCCAUCAUGAAACUUCUCCUGACUGAAUACGUCAGGUUCCCCAAGGGAGACGCAUUGAAGGAUGUUAUCAGGGGCUAUGAGGAGCGUUGGGGAUUUCCAAACUGUGUAGGAUCUAUAGAUGGCAGUCACAUCCCUAUCAUAGCUCCUAACUUUUCACACGGUGACUACCUGAACAGGAAAGGUUUCUAUUCUCUUAUCCUUCAAGGGACAUUUAUUUCCUUGGUGAUGAUGGUUCUCUUACCAAACUGGUCGAAGAACAUCGGAAAUACACAGAUGCCGUUGGUGCUCCUUGGUGAUGCAGCAUACCCCUUAAAGUCAUGGUUAUUGAAGCCCUACACUGGCAGAGCUAACCUCACUCCAGCUCAGAGUACCUUCAACUAUCGACUCAGCCGAGCCAGGAUGACGAUUGAAAACGCGUUUGGUCGCUUGAAUGGACGCUGGCGGUGUUUGCAGAAGAGGAUGGACGUUGACGUCGAAUUUGCCUGCACGGUAAUUACAUGCUGUGUUGUCCUCCACAACAUUUGCGAGAGUGUACGCGACCUCUACAAGGAGGAUUGGGACACCGAAGAAGAUGGAGAAGAAAAUGACUACCAACUGGAUGUACAGGAUGGGGGCGACGAAGGGAUCCAAUGUGCGAAAGCUCUGCGUGAUGAAAUCGCGCUGGCUUUCUGCAACGAUGUGUUUUAA